GAGGGAAAUUAAAAUGUGUUCUUCCGUUUUGACUUUCUACACAGCCUAAAGAAGGCCUCCUGGCGAAGUUGUCACAGUCAAUCCGGUCUUACAGUCCUGAGUGCAGUCUACCAACAUCUCAUUUGUUUAGCAGCUGACAAGAAUGCAGUUCUUGGUUCUGACGGCAAGUUGUGUUUCGCCUCCGGUCCUCAGUACAGACGCUGCUGACAGACAGACUCCAGACUUGAACUCAUUAGACUCCUGCGGAAUGGAAAGGAGCAAGCUGGCGGCCUGAGGUGGGCUGUUCUCGAAUCGCUGCGAGGCCGGCGCACCGCAGCCAUGACAGAGGCUGAUGUAAAUCCGAAGGCCUAUCCCCUCGCAGAUGCCCGCCUCACCAAGAAGUUGCUGGACCUCGGUCAGCCGUCAUGUAACUACAAGCAGCUCCGGAAAGGAGCCAAUGAAGCUACCGAAACCCUCAACAGGGGCAUCUCUGAGUUCAUUGUGAUGGCAGCAGACGCCGAGCCCUUGGAGAUCACCCCGCACCUCCCACUGCUGUGUGAAGACAAGAAUGUCCCCUAUGUAUUUAUGUGCUCCAAGCAGGCCCUAGGAUGGGCCUGUGGGGUCUCCGGACCUGUCUUUGCCUGUUCGAUUACCAUCAAAGAAAGGUCCCAGCUAAAGCAGCAGAUCCAGUCCACCCAGCGGUCUAUUGAAAAGCUCCUGGUGUAGGCCUGUACUUGUGUAUCAUAUUGUAUGUUAGCAUGUGGUACU